GAGUCCAGCCUUAAUUCCAAAAGAAGAAGAAGAAGAAGAAGAAGAAGAAGAAGAAGAAGAGAGUGAGACGUAAAGAGUGAGUAAUGGCAAUGGAGAUGGCAACGCAGAGAUGGAUGGCGAUGGCGCUCGCGAUCGAGAAGGAUCUUCUGAUGGCUUCCCUGAGCAGAGGUGAACGUAGAGAAGGACUGGCUUCGUCUUCGGCCACGCGUCAUCCAUCCAUGGAGAAAGCUACACAUCUCUCAGAACAUGUGCGAACCAGCAAUCGCAGCUUCAAUAGCGAUGAUGAUGAUGAUGAGGUGAUGAAGUUAUUGCAGCAGACGAGGGAGGUGGUGGAUCUUGUUGUGAGAGGUGAUUAUUGGGAGGCCUUGAGGACACCUGGCGCAUCAAUGGUGCUUAGAGGGUCGUCUUGUCCAGGAAGUCGCCUUUCUUCUUCUUCCUCUUCUUCCUCUUCUUCUUCUUCUUCUUGGAGACAUGUCGGCAGCUGUGAACAAGCUAGAGUUCUAGGAGAAGGGGAAUUUGUGGAGAGAUUGAGGGGAGUAGAAAAGCACGUCAGGGAAUUUCUAGCUGAGCAUGGUGAAGAUGGCGAUGGGGGGGAAAUGAUUAAUCGAACAGAGGGGGAAGAAAAAGGAAGAGGAGGAGGAGGAGGAGGAGAGGGAGAAGGAGGUGGUUUCGCUGAGAAGGUAGCGGCAAAAUUGUGGGCACGGCGUUUAUUGGUCAUGGCUGCUGGUGUGGCCUCUUUGUGCUUGUUCGUGCAGGCGAAUUUGAUUGGGUAAGAAGCAUCGACAGACUGUUUCUUUGUUUUUUCUUUAAAAAAAUAUUUUUAAUGUAGUAUUUUAUUUUUAUUUAUCAAAUGAUUUAUGUUUUGCUCUUUUUUUUUUUUCCUCUCAAGUCUUUUUUUUUUUU